GAUAUGACGCUUUGACAGCGUCAAACAUUAGAGGCAGCUUUGGUGUGGUUGUUGUAGCUGUCUUGUCAGACGAAAAUAAACCAUAUUUAUGUAGCUACCAGUAUUCUAUAUAUUUUAGCCAUUUUCAAAACCUUGGGGAUCAAUUUGUGUUUCAGUCCGUGGGUGCGGUUAUACACUUUUUUUGUCGUAUUUUUCUUUCCCAUCAACAAUGCAACAGGUGGGUCUAGCUAGUUAACGUUAGCACUAGAGCUAACUCUCAUGCUAAAGACGUUUGGGAGCUAGUUUGAAGUUGCAUUUUUAUGUGCCAGUAACGUUGUGACAAAUACUUGUGCCAGUUAUAUUACUGGUAUUGUUUUUCUAAAUCGCGGUGCUGUUUGCUCGUUCAUCUGAAACGUGUUGGUAAGCCAGCUGAGUUAGUUAGCCAGCUAGCCAAGUUAUGUUAAGUAAGCUAACAUUCAGAUAGAGCUGGCACAUCCUUAUGUCCGUUGAUGUUUUGUUUUUACAGAGAUUCUGUUGUCAUCCCUUCUGGAGAGAACUGUACUAACAACUAAUGUUCUUCAUCACUUAGAAUGAGUCUGCACGAGAUAAGUGAAAACGUGAAACUUGCUCGAGAGUACACCUUACUUGGGAACUACAGUUCUGCUAUUGUUUGCUAUCAGGGAGUACUUGAACAAAUUAAGAAACACCUUUUUACAUUACGGGAUAGUAGCUUCCAACAAAGAUGGCAAAAGGUAUGGCAAGAGAUAAACGAAGAAAACAAACAGGUUGAAGAAAUAAUGACAACUCUAGAAAAUUUUAAACUGGAGACCACCCCAUCCAAACCACCAAGUAAUAAAGAUGGCAUUAGUGACAUAUGGCCUGUACAAGUAGAAUGCAGAUCCUCACCUCUUCCGGUUAGGGGGCCCCCGGUUCCCUACAAAGAGAGUAAACAUCACAACAACCGCCUGUAUGUGGCUGGUGUGCGGGCUCCGCAUCGCCAGUCACCACGCGGGCCCAAUGGUGACAGAGCCAAACCUUUGAAGAGUAAGGAAAAGAAAGAGGCCCUAGCCACUCCAAAAGACGACAAGAACAAAUUGGAAGUUUCUGAGAAAGAUGUGAAGAAGUUUGAUGGGCAAGGAUAUGACAAAGACCUUAUUGAGGCCCUGGAGAGAGACAUCAUAUCACAGAACCCCAAUGUGAAAUGGGAUGAUAUUGCAGAUUUGGAAGAAGCAAAAAAGCUUUUAAAAGAAGCUGUUGUGCUACCCAUGUGGAUGCCAGAGUUUUUCAAAGGCAUACGAAGACCAUGGAAGGGUGUGCUGUUGGUGGGUCCUCCAGGCACAGGAAAGACUCUUCUGGCCAAAGCCGUUGCGACAGAGUGCAGAACCACAUUCUUCAAUGUUUCAUCUUCUACUCUCACUUCCAAGUACAGAGGGGAGUCUGAAAAACUGGUCCGCCUUCUAUUUGAAAUGGCCCGGUUCUGUGCUCCCACCACCAUAUUCAUCGAUGAGGUUGACUCCAUGUGCAGCCGCAGAGGAACGUCAGAGGAACAUGAGGCUAGCCGACGGGUGAAGGCAGAGCUGAUAUUAUGCUGUUGUUUAGGUGUGGGAGGAGCAUCAGAGAAUGAGGAUCCUUCUAAGAUGGUGAUGGUGCUGGCAGCCACUAACUUCCCCUGGGACAUUGAUGAGGCUCUGAGGCGACGUCUGGAGAAAAGAAUCUACAUCCCUCUGCCUUCAGCCAAGGGCAGAGUGGAGCUGCUGAAGAUAAACCUAAAGGAGCUGGAGCUGGCCAAUGAUGUGGACAUGGCCAAGAUAGCAGAGCAGAUGGAGGGCUACUCAGGAGCAGACAUCACCAAUGUGUGCAGGGACGCCUCUCUGAUGGCCAUGCGGCGAAGGAUCGAGGGGCUGAUGCCUGAGGAGAUCCGUAACAUCUCCCGAGACGAGAUGCACAUGCCCACCACCAUGGAGGACUUUGAGUCUUCUCUGAAGAAAGUGUCCAAGUCUGUGUCAGCUUCCGACCUGGAGAAGUAUGAGAAGUGGAUUGAAGAGUUUGGCUCCUGCUGAAAGUUAAUCAGGAAGCCUGCAGCACCUCAAAUCUGCAGAGGAAUUAGUAGGAGGCUCAGUAUAUAUUCUGGGAACAAUACUUUAACUCAUGUCUUCCUUUUCUUUGUAAAUGAUUUCUAUUUUAGGCUAGGUGAUGCGACAUGCCCUAAAGUAGGGUAACCAACUGCUUCUCUUGGUAAAUGUCCUCCUGGAUACAGUCCAUAUACCACACCCAGGGGUGCCUUGUACUGAUUAUAAACAGGUUAUCAACAUAAAUAGAAUGGUAAACAUUUAUAUUUAUGUCAUACCGGUGGUAUAGUCUGAUAUACACAUGGUUGAAAUGCUGUUUCAGCCAAUCAACAUCCAGGACUCAAAGUACAUGGUUUACAAUAUGCAAUUAGUCAGCCUCGUGGGCAUAACAAAAUUGGUAGAAAACAUUCCCAGAUUCGUGUUCAAUAGGUUUUAUUAUGGGUCCACCGAGCUAAUCCUAUAAUCCUUACUAUUUGCCUUGAACACAUUUUGCUACCAAAGUAUCCAGUGUCUUUGGGUUUGAUCUGGUGAUGUGCUUUUGGGAUAUCUGUUAAUCAAAGUUACACUACCUGAAACCGUUUAUUAUAUGCACUUUAUUUGAUUUUCUUAAUGUGUAUUUAGGAGACUACCUGGUUCAAAUUUGAAUAUAUAUAUAUAUAUAUAUAUAUACACAUGAAUAAACACUAAGAAUUUUGUUAAUCAAGUUAAGUAAAAUAUGACUUGCAUUGACAAGGCUUCCAUGUGCUUUGUGUAGACUUGAGUGAAUGUCAUAAGAACAUUUACAGAAACAUUUUUAUUGAGCAGGAUUUGGGAAUUCAAUGUACAGUUUGAUUUGAAUGAAAAUACAUGAUGCACACAUGCCAUGCUCCCUUGCGUUUAGUAAAACACAAGAUUGAAAUUGAAUUGAGGCACCAUAGAAGCAAAAUGUAAAAUAACUUAAGUUCUAAUUCACCCACUCAAGUUCAAAUCAGCAUGCAGUUUCCUAUUAUGAAGUUGUUUCAUUGACAGCUAACUGCAUUCCAUACUAUGGCUACUAAGUCAAUGUGCCAGGGCCCCAUAUGUCAACCAUGAGCCUAAUCUUGAGAAUCACAUUGAUACAAUUUUAUUUUGGUCAUGCCUAGCCUGCUUUGAGGCAAACCAGCCAAUAAGCUAUUGGGAGAGGAGUAGGUUUGACUAUUCUUAGACUAAAGUGUAAGGUCCUAUUAGUGUAGCUUCAGAUGUCUAUGUUGACAGUGCACGGCCAUUGCGAGUAAUUCACAUUGCAAAGAACAUCCAGUAACCAUAUUCAAACAUUUCAAGGCAUAAAGCAGGAGUAUAUUCAGAUUGAACAGAAAUGGACUGUAUAGACAGGACACUCUAAAGCAGUUAAUGUCUGUUCUAUACUUUCCAGGUCUAUCUGCAAUGUUCUGUGACAGAGAUCAUUCAGCUACAGGAACUAACUGCCAUCUGUCUCUAUCAAUUGAAAUGGUUAGAAUGAGAUCUUCUAUUUGCUCAGUCUCUGUUCAACACAGCACUCAUAAUGAUGGGUGCAAGACUAGGACCACCUGUCCUUUAAUGAACCUAAGCACAGGCCCGUCAAGUUCAGACAAAAUACCAACGUAAAAAUGUUUUGUUGACAUUUUACAACAAAUGCAUUGGUGAGGCUCUGACAAUAGUAUGCACUGGUUCAUAUACAGUAAAUAAAAACUGUCUUAUGAUUUAAAGUUGCAUGCAAACAAACACCAAAUCUUCAGUUCAAUCCUCCAGUCAGAAUGAUAAAAUAUGAAAUGAGCAAUCAAAAAGAAACCAAUAGGAAGUCAGUAUUUCAUAAUGCAAAGUAGAAUGGUUACAGAGGCACUGUGAGGUAACACAAUCAUAAUAUGAAAAGUAAUGCAGUAUGCAGCUCUGCUUCCACAUUUCAGAUUCCUUCUUUGAGAGGAGGGUAUAAUGUUUGAGAAAUAAAGCUAAACAUGUUAUGUUUGCAA